AUGUACUAUAUCCUCUACCUGGCGAGCCUCUGCCGCCGCCGCCGCUGGCCAGAACCAACCUACGAAGCUUACACCACAACUGGCGGGUACACAUGCGUGGCGCGGGUCAACAACCGCGAAUACCAAACAGACAGCAUCCACGAAUCCGAGACCCUAGCGCGCGAAAACGCAGCCAUGCGCGCGUACCUGAUCUGCCGCAACUUUUCCGUCAAUGACGGCAUGUACCCGAGUGGCCACAAGCACGGCGGCGCUGUGCAGGGGAUACCCGUUGCCAUUGGCACGGGACGCAAGGCCAGCCGCGAUGAUGAUACUGAUACCUCUGUCAGUAGUGGGGGGAGCUGGAGCGGGGAGAGCAGUCCCGAGCGGAUGAUGAGGUUGGAUGCAGAGGGGCAGGUUGUAGUUCCUGCGAGUGUGGCAGGGAGAGUGCUUGAUUAUGCACGGGAGUAA